GCCAUCUUAUGCUGAAGGUUGUGCCAGUGUUCAGGGACCUGAGGAUGACGUUCGUACAUGCAGUUAUUAAAUGCUCUUAACAAAAUCAUACAGUUAGAAUCUGUGGAACAAAUCUCGCGUCUCGGGGAGACGGAGAAGGCUUCGGCCGGAUUCUUAGGGACCCCUUAAAUGUAAAGCAUAUGCUGUGGAGGAAUGUGUCUACUAACGAAAUAGGUACUGUGCCCAGUGGCUGGGCUUCUGCACAGGCUUGGCCAUGCCGCUGCUGCAGCGGCUCAUCGAGCCCGUGCAUGUGUCGCGGGGCGCCCUCCCGCUGGACGCCAAGGGGGCCCCCGCGAUGCAGCUGCCUAGCGAGCUGGAGUGCGUCACCAACGGCACCCUGGCCAACGUGGUUCGCCAGCUGUCGUCAUUGUCCAAGCACGCCGACGACUUGUUCGGUGCCCUCUUCAGGGACGCCACGGCCCUCGUGGCCAGGGCGGGGGCCCUCCAGGCACGGGUGGACAGGCUCACCGUCAAGGUGACCCAGCUCGACUCCACCGUCGAGGAAGUGUCCCUGCAGGACAUCCACAUGCGCAAGGCGUUCCGCAGCUCGAUCGUGUACGACCAGCAGGUGGUGUCUCGAGCGACCAUGCCUGCAGGCAUGCUGGAGAUGUAUCAGGCCUGCGACAAGCCCCCGCCCCUGGACAAGCUCAACCCUUACAGGGACGAUGGCAAGGAUGGACUCAAGUUUUACACAGACCCCAACUACUUUUUUGACCUCUGGAGACAGGAAAUGCUCAAGGAUACUGAGAGGAUCAUGCUGGACAGGGGCAAGAAGUUGGUACACUCAAGAGACGGAGUUGAGCCCCACCGGCCAGAAGGCAAAAGAAUCAAGAAGGUGCGGCAGCCCCACAAUACGCGGGAGCGCUUCCGCCAGUUGGCCAACACACGGGAGUUUCUGGACCAGACACCCACCUAUGGCACCAGCCCCUAUGGGGGACGGGGCCCCCCGCCCCAGGCUCCUCCCCCUCAGGCUCCACCCCUUGUCACCCAGCCCGGCCUCCCCGACGGACCCGUGCGUCCCAGCAGCCUCGAACUUCCGCCCGGCGCGCAGCCGGGUGCCCACUACCCACCCCCACCCCCCGCCUACUCGGAGCACGCCCCACCCCCUCCCCAGUCCCCCAACCACUAUCCCCCGCCCCCACCUUACGUCGAGCAGCAAGGGGGUGGAGCCACUGUGGUGUCCCCCACCAACGGCGGCACCCCGUCCCGGCGACCCCGCCCCUCUCAACCGCCCCCGGCCCCUCCCACCUCAAGCGGGACCUCGUCCCCGAGCGUCACCCCGUCCAGCGGGGCGGGACGUCACCGCGGGGGGGCGGGGCAGCGGGAGACGCUCCCGCCCCCUCCCCCGCCCCCCGAAGCGACUUCGGUUGCAGCCAUGGAUGCGACGGAUCCGACCUCCGUCAAGCUGGACCGGCCGUUGGCUGCAGACGGCGCGGGUGACGGGCUGGACUUGCCCCCGCCCCCUCCGGCGCCAGACACAGUGGCGCAGGAGGCUGCCGCUGUGGUGGCAUCAGUGGCCCCGCCUCCCCCUCCGCCCCCGCUGCCUCCAGCCAAUGGGGUGAUGGCGGUGAUGGUGAAUGGCGGCCUGGCCAACGGGACACUAGCCAAUGGCGUGGAGUCUGAGAGCUCGGGUUCAAGCAAAGGAGGAGUGAAGAAGGAGUCCCCACCUCCAGCAGCGGGCAAAGGAGCUAAGGAAACGGCGGCACCGACGGAUGCGCGAAGUGACCUCCUGGCGGCCAUUCGUGAAGGGAUCAAGCUGCGCCGCGUGGAGGACUUCAAGCAGAAGCAGGUGGAAAAGGCGGCCCAGCCCCACGACGUGGCCUCCAUCCUGGCCCGCCGGGUGGCCAUCGAGGUGUCCGACUCCGAGUCGGGCUCGGACAGCGAGUACGACAGCGACUGGGACAACGAGACCGAGUGCUGAAGGUCGGCCGUCGCCACCCGCCACCUGCCCCCGGCUCGGGUCUGGAAAGUACACCAGCCUUUAGUUGUGAAUUGGAGCGUUGCUCCCGAGAAAAGGAAGAACACAAGAGGCAAGCCAGCCACCACCUGUUCCAUGACAAGGCCGUGCAUCUGGGAAGUGCGUGCGUCUGCUUUGGGCACCCGUCCAGCGGGCCACAGAGACACGGGUGUCAGCAAACCCUUCCUUCCUUUGCUCGCGAAUCGGCCACAGGGACAAGGAUAGGCAGCAGUAAGGCAUUUUGUCGGGUAUCGUUUCACGCGCAGGCGUGUCCAGUUCGGGGUUGCUCGUUUGCUGCUGCAUUUAUUUCUGGAAACUCGUCUUCUGCAAAUCUGCUAGUCUCGUGUGAUACGACGGGGGCUGUCGUCGGCACCCACGGUCACCCCCUUUUCCACAAGCGCAUUGCCUUCGGUGGGGGACAGGCUCGCGUGUCCGCUGCGACUCUGCUGCGUGACGUGCGGCCUUGCGUUGGAUCAAGUAUUUAUUUCGGUUUUGCCGACUACCUUUGGUCACGUCGGAUACCGAUGCGAUUGCGAGACUCCCCAUCUUGCUGCAUGUGGAAGUGUAAGCCUGACUGGUCGAAGGGAAAGCCGAAUGGUGGACGGGGCUUUAGUUUGCCUUCGAAGUAUUUGCAUAAUGAUAGGGACUUUUGCGCUUACAGUUCCGCAUUUAACAACAUUUGGACAAAUCAUUUGAGCAUGGUUUAUGUCUUCUCUAACUUCGAAGCAUUAGUCGGGUUCAGUUUUCACUACAUCUCGCCGAAUGAGUUUUUUUAAUAGUUGUGCUUGGCACAUCCUGCAAGACGGCACGAUACAUUGCAAAUCCCGAUAGGUUUGAGAGGUAACAUUGCGGUGCUUAUUCGUCCGUGUGCUUACGAUUUCAAUGCCCGUCACUUGCUGAUGGCGCACUUUGAAUAUUCAGUUUACCUUAGCAGGGACAGAGGAGUGUUUUUGUGCUGCAAGUUUUUGCCCACUUGGGCUGCGAGGGAUUUCAUCGCUGGUUCUGUGUUAUGCCAAAGAUAACUUGAGUUGCCAUUUUUUUUCUUUAUGUAUUUGCCAUCCUCAUUUUCACAAAGGAUUACGGUAUUGCUAAAGUGUAGUAUAGCAUAUCCAAUGAUGGCAGGUAAGCUGUUGCUUUGGCUUUGUCGGCCAUGACACUCCGCAGCACUGGAGCGUGAAAGUGCGGCUGUUUUAAUGGGGAGAUGGUCAGAAUACGCUAAUUUUAGGUUGUCUGAUGAAAGAGACGCAUGGUGAUUAAUGGCGAACAUGCUCGUCACAAAAGUUAUAUUGCAAAUAUUCGAUACAUAACAUUCCUUCGUUUUUCUUCAAUUUACGUCUAGGCUAGGUUGCUCGGAGAAAGUCUUAUGGCCUUACUUUUUACUUCAGAACUCCAGGAAAGCAUUUUCGCUGUAAUCAGUAUGAACCCUUCACAAUUCCUUUUACAAAUUCUAGGCAGUGGGUUUCCAACCUGACUGGAGACACCUGCAAACAUGACUUCAUUUUUCAUCUUUUGAAUUUUUUUUACUCCACUUUGCAAGCCCGCACAUCAGGGUUGCAUGCAUUAGGGUCCUGUACUCCUUGCAUGCAGUGUGCCGGUUAAUACUUUUAGCAGUGCCCUGUGCCAAACUCUACAAAGAUGUUCUCUUUUGCCAAAUCUUGCUUUUUAUUUAAAGUUGCUUUUUAUUUUUUUUUAUUAUUUUUUUAAUGAGUGAAACACUCUGAAAUUGUCCCUGGCACCAUUCUAGUUUUCACAUGAGCUCGGGAAAUUGCGAGUAGUACAGCCAUUGGCAUGGGUCCGGCGAACCUGGCAUUCGUUUUUUGGACCUUUCACGGUGUCUUUUUGCAACAGAUUGUCUUUGUAUUGCACUAUGCGGAAAGCCGGUGCCUGCUCCUUGCAUUGUCCAUGGCAACGUCAGCAACUGCGAAUCGAGUGGUGGAUGUCAAAUUUACGAACGACCGACUCUUUCAAAGGCCUGCCUGCGUGACUGCUAGGCGAUUGACUGGUUUAAAUCCUAUCACAAUUUGCUCAAGGGUUUUGACGGAAGCUCUCGUGGCUUCUCACUGGUGCCUAUCUCAGAGCAAGCUCUUCUUCUCUCUCGAAUUUGAUUGUUCUUUUGGCUUCGCUCGGUUUCGAAAGCCUCCAGUGCUUUGUGAUCCCGUCGACGCCAUCCGAGCACCGGUCUCGCGGAACCGAGACACUGCAACAGAAACCAUGUUUCUUGGCGUAUCCGUUUUCAGUGGUGCACACCGAAUUCCGACCCCGAGGCAGUCGUUACUCGUCGGCUCGUUUACCUGCUCUGGAGUUUCCAAAUGCGAUAUUUCGGCUGGCCCCAAAUUUUAGGCGUGGAACGGCCCCAGGAAACGCUUGCAAUAAGCGCCCCGUUGUGCUCGGCACAUUCCAAAGCUUCCCGUGUCCAGUUUGUCCGUUCUUUUCUCUUGUGAAAGUGUGGAUGUGGAGUUGCAUGUCAUUCUCACCGUCUCUCUCUCACCGCACCUCGGUAAGUUCAGAAUUCUCCCCCCUCCUUACAAAGAAGGACCGCUCUCGGUUGCUCGUAUCUUUUUUACAUGGGGGUUGGAGGGGAAGCAGAGAGCAAACAUGUCACAGAUUGCCAGAUAUUGCCGUUGGCAGUCUUCGUUUUUAAGCGAGCCCUACUUAAGUGCGCAUGCCACCUACGAGCGUGUACAUACAACCAGGCACCGUUGGAGAGAUACAUUUUUUAUUUGUACGGUAAGAAGCUCUCUCACCCUCGGAGAGAGAUUUGCACCUUCCAGUAGGUUGGGUACGACGUGUAAUUGCAAUGUGAUAUGUAACGAAUGGCAGCGAGGGAAUGUCCACUCGAGAAUCAACCUUUUGCAAAUGCAAGGUGGAGAAUUCUCAGUUGUAUUGCUUUGGUCUUGCAUUAGUUGGGUGUCUGUAAGAUGUCCGGACAAAAGGAGAAACUGAGUGUUUUUUUAUUUUAUUUUUAUGUUUGGAGGCAAAGCAGAAAAAAGUUUUCUGCAUCGAUGAAAUUGGAAGACUUCGUUGUGGCCACUCAUGUUUAAAAAGAGGCAUCUUCCGCCCGACAUCCUCCUUCCUGUGUCAAUUCGUCGAGUGAGCGGUGUCUGCAUGCAUGAACAGGAUGAUGCUGCUCUUUAGCGUCUUUUUUUUUUUGCUUAAAAGACCCGACUAUGUCAAACCCUGAAGUAGAGGAGACAGACUGUUUAUUUUAUACAUACAUAUAAAUAUAAGAAAUAAAUAUAUAUAUAUAUAGUGAAAUUACUGUUUUCUACUGCUUUAGUUUGCAAUCUAAGGCAAGCUUCAUCCCAUGUGAGUCUAUGUGUGGUGCCACUGUGGGGCACUUUGUAUAGUUUUAAGAAUAAAGAGCUGGAUAAUUGCAA